AAAUCAAAUGAAGACGUGAAAGAAACCAUUGCCAAAAAGGCAGUAAGCUUCGAACGUUCAGAAACGGAUUCGAAACCCGACAAAUCGAAGCCUGACUCCACCUCUACGCACUCGAGAAAUCUGACCGUACCGGAUGUAGAGAUUAGGAAAAAGUCUCUGAGGGAGAGACGCAUGUCCAAAAGUCUCUACCUCAAGAUCGAUUUUCCCAAGGAAGUACCGGUUAUUAGGCAAAACUCCAUGCCGAAAUUCUUCCUGGACACGCCCGAACACAACCAGACCGAGUCGACGCUGGUUAAAGGUCAUUUGACUAGUUUGCAGAGCCCUAUGGUAGGAAACGACAAAUUUUCUUACGAUCUUUAUUCUGUCGUGCAAAGAGAGAAGACGAAGAGCCAGAGCUCUCCGAGAGAAAUCGUGCCAAUUCAUAGAGAAUCUUCUAGGCUUGCUCUGAUCAAGGAGAAAAUCAAGCUGAAGAAGAGCAAGAGUACUGUUAGUGCUAGCAACAUACCACACAGUAAUUACAUCUAGUAUGCGUAUUUAUUUUACGCAGAUAAGUGUUUAGAUGUAGAACUAGAACUAAUUUAUGUUAAUUUGAAAAGUAUUAUUAUGGAAUCAUAUAUUUAGGUUGUAUGAUACGGAAGUAUUUUAAUGGCGCAAGUUUUUUGUGUAGUUAGAAAUGUGAACAUGGCAAGGUUGCUUGGAUGACGUCACGGAAGUAUGCCGUGUCGUGGCUAGAAAACAAUUUUAAGAAAGAUUAAUUUUUGAAUUUUGAAUCAUUUGCAGAGUUCAUAUAGAACUAGAAGAAAAUUAUAGGUUUUCUUUUUUAAAGAUGUUAUUAAUCAAUUGAUCUCCUAUUCGUAUAGUAAUUUGAUAAAUUUUCGUCAGUCCAACAGUCCUAACACGCAGAGUGUGAUUUCUGCCAGUGAUAGAUAACGUUUAAAAUUGUUAAAAUACAAUUAAAUUUCAAAUCAGUAUUUAACAAAUAAAUAUCAGUACCAAUUGUACCAAUAAAUACCAGAACAGUUUUAAUUUCACAGUUGGUGGAAUUUGAUCACAAAAACUUAAAAUCACAUUUUUAUUAUCAGUAUUAGGUGUAUUAAUUAUUAAAUAUAUUACAGGCCAAUCAGUAUAGGUACC